ACUUAUACCAGACCAACACGAAACAGUUGUUAAUAACAACCCAAUACUAGAAACAAUAUAGAUUAGACACUUUAAAAAGCGCAUCGGGUUUCUAGAGCAUCGGCAGUAUGAUCUACCUUCAAAGAUGUUGCUGCUGCGUGGAUCUGCGCAUCGGUACCAUAAUAGUCGGGAUCCUGCACAUCUUAGCGGAUAUCAUCGGGGGCACUUUUAUCGCCCUCUUCGGGGAGUCAGGCAAUCCUGAUCUGGGACAUGCUCUGGUUAUUAUCUUCAUAAUGCUGCACAUCCUGAGCUGCGUCGUUCUGAUCAUCGGGUGUUUUCGGCUAAAAAGCGGCUGGAUGCUAUUCUACAUACUAAUGACUAUGAUAAUGGCCCUGGCGAUGAUCAUUUUGAUAAUAUCGGACGUGAUUCUAGUUAUUUGGUUCUGGAUAAUAGUCACCUAUGCCUUAAUGUUCUUUUUGUGCCUAUAUUUCUGGCUGGUGGCCUACUCCUUUUACGCCGCCUUGGGAGGAGCCCUCUUCCUCUGAUUGUGAUCUCCUAUUAUAGUUGUAUUAAAUUGUACAGUGCUCAUGGUAAUAAAACCUUUGGAUCUCUAAUAA